GUGUUGCCCAAAUCAGAGAAUAUUGCCUCAAUCUCUUUCAUUUAAUGUCUUCAAAAGAUACUUCAACUGUAGAAAUCAGUUACUCUAGUCCUGUUGGUAGUAAAGACGGUGAACCACUCUCCCAAUUAUCAAAUAAAGAUGAGGAAAAGUAUAUAAAAUCUACAUUCACACACUCACCAGACAAGAAGCACUUCACUUGCUCUGUGACAGGUUGUGGCCGUGUCUAUUCAUCAUCAUCCAACCUGAAGCGUCACUUAAAAACUCAUUUAGAUUCGUGCCCUUAUAAGUGCAAUCAGGAGGGGUGUGGUCAAGAGUUUAAGAAGAGACAGAGACUUCUAACUCAUCUAUCACUGACACACAAACUGAAGCAAUUUAAAGUAUUUGUGUGAUAAAGAUGGUUGCUCUGUUGUUUGUUCCUCAUGGUCGUUGCUACGGAAACACAAGUCAGAGGAUCACAAACCAUCAGAAGCAAUUACAUAAGCACAUUGAAUCUCACAGCAUCACUUCAAAAGAGCUCUUCCAGUGCCCAUACACUGAUUGCUCCAGAGCAUAUACCACAAAAUUCAACCUACAGCAACACGUAUCUUCAUUCCACGAGAAUCUAAAGCCUUUUGCCUGCAGGCAGUCUGGCUGCAGUGCCGAGUUUGCCCAUAAAAAUUCUUUGACGCGUCAUUUGAUUAAAGUGCACGGUAGAAAACUAACAGAAUCUCUUACUGCCAUUGAUGGUCUUCCUGUGACAUUGAAUGGUACUCCUAAUGUGACCGGAACAAACAAAAAUAGACGGAGAAGAACCCUAAGUCAGCUGACACUGACUGAGAGGAUAUCAGGACAUGUUAGUGCUAAAGGAGACUGGAGAAGGGGCAAGACUGAGGAGGAGGGAAAGAGGUCCCAAAGAAGCAGCGAACCCCUAUCAAUACACUGUCCAUAAUGAUAUUCAUACUUUGUAAUGAUUAUUACUAUAAAUUGAAUUA